AUGAAUCUCCCUGUGUCCCUGGCUCUACAGGGCUUCCUCGAGGUUGUUCCUUGCCAGCUGACUGUGUCUGCCUGUGUGAGGGCAGAUAAUCAGAACCUCUCUCUAGAGCUGACCCAGUCCUGCAGGAGCCCAAACCUCUCUGGGACCCUUACUCAUUCUUUCCUCUGGCUGAGUAGUGAGGGUCUACCACAGAUCAUCACUAUAGACGCUACUGCUCCUAAAGGCCCCGAACAGGCUGGAAGUCUCUUCAUCAAAGUUGGGACAUGUCAAAUUAGAGCCAAUCGCGUUAUAGGAACCAGAGGACCAACAGAGUGGCUAUUGGCUCUGGAGUCUACGUGCCCGAUGUUACAGGGUAAUAUUAAUGGCUCAGUGUGGCAGGACCCUCAUGGUAUCUGGACAUUAAUGCUGGACACUGAUAUGGAAGGCAAAAGGGGUUUUCUGAGGCUUAAUGCAAAGGCCUGGCCAGAGCUCAGUGUGGAUGGUGAGCUCAACCAUGAUCUUCCUGCACUCAGAGAUCUGCCAAAAAAGACAAGAGUGAGGCUGACCAGCACGUCAGGAAAACUGAGAUUUGAUGCUGAAGUCCUCGUGCAGGUGGAGGAGUGUGCUGUCUUGGCCAGCGGAGCUGUAAUGUCCCAGCCUGGCCUGCAAGGGUCGCUGUUGUAUCACAACAACUGCACAAUGAUUCAGGUACAUGUUUAA